UUUUUUUUUCUUUAUUUGUACACUUUUUCUCGAGUCAAGGAUAUGACCUGUGUGGUGCAGUGGUUUCGUCCCUGUUUACCAUAGUCCAAGGUCGUGGGUUCGAAUCCCCGUCUAAGUUUGAAUUCUUUUUAGUAUUUUUUUGUCGACUUUUUUCACUUUAUUGUCUCUGAAAUUGUUCUAAAAAAUUUUUUAAAAUUUAUAAAAAUUUUUGGAAAAUAUUUUUAUUUGAUUUUUGGUUAUUUCUUCUAAUAUAUUUUUUAUAAUCUUAUUUUUCAAUCAUUUCUUUUUUUAAUAAUUCUGUUUCUAUAUUUAAAUGUUUAUUUCUUCUAUAAAUAAAACAAUAAAAACAAUUCAAACAAAAUUAAAAUCAUCUCCACAACAAUACCAAGAAGCUUUAAAUUAUUGUGUUAAAAUUGUAAAAGAAAGGGAUUAUGAAAAUUAUUUGGCUGCUUUAUUAAUGCCCGAAAAUGUUAGGGCAAAAAUAUUUACGAUUUUGGCGUUAAAUGCAGAAAUAUCUACUUUGAGGCAUAAAAUAAAGAGGCACUCUGGCGUUGCAAAUAUAAAUCAAUUGAAAUUUUGGAAUGAUGCGUUAAAUUCGUUGGCUAGAAGAGAUGCUUUGUUGCCUCGUCAGCCAGUAAUUCUCGCCCUCCAAGCAUUUUACAAUUUUCCCCAACAAUCAUCUACAGAAUUUAAUUUAUUUUUAAAUUUAAUAAAAUCAAGACAACAAACUUUGGGUGAUCGUCCUUUUGAAAAUUUAAAUUUUUUAGAAAAUUAUUGUAAAUUACUUUAUGGCUCUUUAAUUUUGCUUCAAAUGAAUUGUUUAAAUAGACAAGAAUUUCAACUUGUAGAUGAAGCAAAAUUGGAAAAAGUUGUAAAUUCAAUAGCUUGUUCUAUUGGUAUAUUAACUUUAUUGAGGGCAACCACUUUAUUGUUAAAACAUGAUGGAAUUGUACUUCUACCACAAGAUGUGACAGACCUGCAUGGGUUAAAUGUGAAUUCAGCUACUCGUAGUGGGCCUAAUGCAAUGAAAGAUGUUGCUAAAGAUUUGUGCAAGAUAGCUUCUACUCAUCUCAAUUCUGCUCGUUCCUUAACCUCUUCAAUUCACCCUUCUUUAAGGCCAGCCUUGUUAACAGCAGGAUUUCGUUCGGAUUGGAUUUUGAAGGUUUUAGAAAAAUCUAAUUUUAAUUUGUUGGAUGUUCGACUACAUAGAAGACAACAUCCUUUUGCUGCUUUAAUACUUUGGUGGAGAUAUAGAAGAAGAAUAUUUUAA